CCCAAAAGUCAUGAAAAAAAUUGCAUCACGACAUGAUGAUGAUCGAUCAGCAGGCACAUCGUUCUGUGUUGUUGAUGUAGUAACUAAGUUGCCACUUGGACGUCCUUAAAUAAUAUUGAACAAGAUAGCUACAGCAAAUCCUAAACCUCCUAAGUACUAUCUCAGUUGUUGUAAAGCAAGAGCAACCCUGUUGUACUUGUAUGUAAGCAACCCUGAACCGAAUGAAGAAACAAAAAAUGGAUCCUGCUGGUCGUGACACCGAUGGCGCAGGUUCGACGCCUGCCCGAAAUGGUAGUGGCGAGCGCAGAGCCAGAGUAAAAAAUGUCAUAGCAGAAAGGCGGAAAGGAAACAAGGCGAAAGAGAAAUUAUGCUGGGUUCACACGGCUUCAACAUGCCGUCGUAGCUGUAGAAGUACCAGAUGGUAGUGAUGCAGUGACAUGAUCGUGGUGUUUAAAGAGCUCUAUUAUAAUGUCAUCUCGUCUGAGUGACGCCGUCUAAUCCCACUCAAAUGUUGCGUGUUGGGUGCUGGUACAUUUGGAAGCUCGACGGCGUAUGUCUGCAGUAGAAAUCCCGAGAUGGAGGUCGUGAUGUACUGCCGAAACCCAGAACAAGCGAAAGAAAUCCGCGAGAAGAAAACGAACUCACGGCACUUUCCGGUCGAAAAUUAUGUUAGGGUAUAAAACCUGGUGAUCAUGCUAAAAGCAAAGGCAAAGGGAAAGAGCAUUUGUAAUUUUUCGUCGUAUAGGCUCUUCUAGCAGUCAGCACCAGAUUGAUUGUUUUCAACAUGAAUCAGUUAAAAAAGCCUUCUGCAUCCUUUCGCGCAUAAGUACUCUCUAUCUAAGUCAAAAACCCAGAGCUAGCAGAGAAGAAAUACAUGGCAGGGAUUUCGAAGGUGACUUCGAACCUGGAGGAAGCGUUAAAGGACGCUGAUUUGAUCUGCGAAUGCAUACCCGCUCAGAGUGUGCCUUCGUUCGUAGUAGACUGUAAACAUUAUGGUGUGAAAACAAGUGUUGCUUUAGUUGUAGCACUACUAGAAUCGAUGGUAGUUACAUUACAGGUCACGUAGCCGUAGGUGCUGCAUUGGAUCAGUACUUUGCUCUAAUCCAGUCUCGUCAAGGAUGGAGCCACUUUCCUCGUGACCAGCAAAGGCAUCUACUUGGAGAAGAACCAGCUUCUUGGCGAUGCAAUCCAGGAAGCUCUGGGUCCAGAAAAAAGCAGACAAGUUGAGGUAUUCUUUGCUUCUGCAUCGAUGUAGGCAGUAAGUCGUAGUCAAGUGGCCGCUGUGCGAAAAGAAAAUUGACAUCUUCAUGGUGAAUUUUUAGAUAUGAAUGUAAGAACUACGACGGACUACGUGAACGUCGCAGCCACCCUGCUAUUCUCGUAAAGAAUAUAUAACACUAUCACGAUGUUGAAACUCCACCAGAUAGCAUUCCUUUCCGGUCCAAGCUUCGCUAAGGAAAUUCUGAUGGAUCAUCCAACGGCUGUGACUGUGGCUUGUACAGACCUAGAUAUCGCUCAGGGCGUUCAAGGACUCCUGAGCUCAAGGCAUUUUCGGAUAUUAAGAAGGGGUUCGACUUCGAUUAAUACAGUUAGAGAAGAAGAUACUUAGGCAUGAAGAUGAACUUCAAGUAGCCUCCUUACUUCAUCGAGUGGUGAAAGUAGAAGUAGUAUAAUGUAUGAAGAAGAACACACAGUACAGAUAGAACUAGAAGGAAGUAGAACUAGAAGUAGAAGUGAGUGAUGAUAGAAUAGUUGUAGUUCUUCCACCAUCCCGACGAUGAGGAUGACAUGAUGAAGAAUGGCCGCUUCUUUUAAUAUUUUACCCAACAACCUGCAUCGUUGGUGUACAGCUGGGUGGGGCGUUGAAGAACCCUCUAGCCAUAGCAGCUGGUGUGGCAGAGGGAAGUGGAUUUGGCAUGAAUACGAUAGCAGCGUUGGUCACAAGAGCAAGUAUUAUGAAGACAUUAUCGUAGUUAGAAGUAGGUCGAGGAAGAUAGUACAGGAAUAGUAGUACGUUGACUGCAUUGAUGUACAUUCUUGCAACAGAAGGGCAGAACAUGGCCAAGCAUGAUGUUGAGACGUCGUAGUUUAGCUUGCUUUAGAGAUGUUCUAUCGCUACCUCAAGUUGAGCAUGCUACUGCUACUGCUCGCUAGUGUGUCUGCGAUGGGGUAGCACCAUCCUCCUUCUCCUUCUAAGCCUUGAGAACUCCGAGAACUGGUAUCUGCGUUAGGAGGGGAUCCAAAUACUGUUGGAGGCCUCAGUGGAAUAGGCGACUUGAUGCUAACGUGCUUUGGAGCACUCAGUCGGAAUCGCACCUGUGGUAUACGUCUAGCCAAAGGAGAACCAUUGGACAAAAUACUGAGUUCUACCACUGUAGAAGGAGUGCCAACUGCAGCAGCCGCGAGGACAUUGAUUUUAUGAAGGAUCGAGCGGAAGAGGUGGAUGAGAUCACUCCAAGGUGAAUCGGCCCGGUAUUUGGUAGCCUGAACUUGAUCACAAGGAUUCUCUUUGAUGUGUUUUCUUUAUGAUCGAACUCAGGUUACCAGCAAAUAUCGAAAUACCAUACACAAGAAGAAGUUGCACUAGACCAAGUAGAUUCUGAGGACCUUCAUUUUCUUUCAGCACCAGGUCCAGGACUUGAAGAUUGUGCUCGUCGGACUUGAUGGCGCAUGUCGGACUGCGGCUUUGUUAUUUCACUUCCCACCUGAGAGCAAUUUGAGACUCAAAUGAUACAACUAAGUAGACAAAUAACUAGUAGGGGGAAAGUCAAAGUUUAGCAUUAGCUUUAGCCACUUUCAGAAUAAGAGUCCUCUUCCUUGUAAAUCUUCCACCUGCUCACGCGUCCCGCCACUCGCUUUCUUCAUACACAAAAGAGCACGACCUCGACCUGCCAAUCUUUCUCGGGAUUGCAAGGAUUCUGGCUGGAGAAAUCAGUGUAAGGGAAGCGCACAUGGAGAUGGUGAAUAGAACUUUGCCAGACAUGGAGUCUACGGGAAUGCUAGAACACGAGCAGGAAAGUUUCAAAAGGUAUAAGAAAGAUGAGAGGCCGUCGACGUGA